GUUGUCCGGGGAAACGCGGCGGCGCCUGCCGGGGCCGGGGAUGUGGGCGAGGAUGUGGCGGCUGCUGCUGGCGCUGGCCUGGCUCGCUGCGACCCUUCCCGCAGGGGCGGCGGCGGAGCGGAGCGCGGGCGGCCCCGAGCCGGUGCGGUACCGCACGGCCGAGAUGGCGGACGCGAUGCUGGGCAGCGGGGCCGCGGCCGAGCCGCCCGUGCUGCUGUCGGCGGUGCCGGCCCAGGCGAGCGGCGGCCCGGCAGGGCAUUGCGAUGGGGCGACCGCGGGCGACGCGUGCGGGCCGGCGGGGAGCGGCCCCGCGGCCGCCCAGGCCCGGGAGCAGCCCGUGCUGGAGCCCGUGCUGCCCGGGCCUGCCGAGGAGCAGAACGGCACCGACAGCGCCAAGGCUCCCAAGGUGAACUGCGAGGAGAGGAACACGACGGGCAUCGAGCGCUUCACGCUGCAGAUCCUGAACGUGUCCCAGGACCUGAUGGAGUUCCUAAACCCAAACAGCAGUGACUGUACUUUGGUCCUGUUCUACACACCAUGGUGCCGCUUUUCUGCCAGCCUGGCACCUCAUUUUAACUCUUUGCCCCGAGCAUUCCCAACUCUUCACUUCCUGGCACUGGAUGCAUCCCAGCACAGCAGUUUAUCAACUAGAUUUGGAACUGUGGCUGUACCAAAUAUCCUCCUUUUCCAAGGUGCUAAACCUAUGGCUAGAUUUAAUCAUACAGACAGAACGCUGGAAACCCUGAAAGAGUUCAUCUUUAACCAAACAGGGAUAGAAGGUAAAAGCGAUGUGGCUGUGACAGAGGAAGACUGGGAAGGGCCCUUGCCAAGCGUUCUGACGAAGGGCAUAGACUGGCUGCUCCUGUUCUCUGUGCUCUUCCUGGCUGGCUUUGUCAUGUAUGCCACCAUUCGCACCGAGAGCAUCCGGUGGCUCAUCCCGGGACAAGAGCACGAACAUCAGGAAUAACCUCAGAUGCUGAAACAGGGACAGACUUUUCCACUUAUUGGUAAAGUGGGAAUUUCUAUGGACAAGAAGUACCUAAGAAUGAACUGUUGAAUUUGUUGGUUGUAAUUUAUAAUAGUGACUAAAAAUUGACUUUAUUUAUCAACUACUGAAUCUGUAACAAGCACAUUUGUGGCAAUUACAGUGGUAAGUAAACAAGUAUGAAAAAACAUGAACUAAAGUAUUUAUUAAGCUGCUCUGAUUGACUUCUUUUUAAUGGACUUUAAUGUAAUUAGUGGUACAGUUCUAAUUUGCUCUUUUGAAGAGCUCCCUGAGCUUUGUAGAUCAGGGAAGAUUUUUACAGCACAUUGGUCUGUGCAUGGCACUGCAAGGAAAACACUGGUGAAGGGAGGUGUUGGUAUGUUGAGUGUCCAUAAAAUAAACUAUGAAGAUGUUUUGAAUGAUUUUUCACUCCCAUGGAGAUGACUGUUCCCACCUCUGGCACUGGGGUUCAGUGCUGGUUUUCUCAUUCACUUUGCUCUGAGUUUUGACUUAGUAGCGGUUCUUUAUGAGAUUUAGAGUCACUUCCCAAGCUCACAUCACUAUUUCUGUGUGUGUAUACAACUAAUUUACCACAUUCCUGUUGGAUGAAAUUGUAUUAAUUGUCCUUUUUAAAAAAAAUAAAUCAGGUUUUUAGUGUAA